GAUGACGUCAUCCGGGGGAGCAUCCAGAUCUCGCAGCCAAAAGAAGCUUCUUCUUCUCUUCACCCACACACACACACACACCCUCUCCUCCUCCUCCUCCUCUUCGUCUUCUUCACCGUUUCUCUCUCUAGUUGCAGAGAAUUCGCAGAGACUAGAGAGAGAUGAAUUUGGUGAGAGAAAGCAACUCACGCGAGCAGCAGCAGCAGCAGCGGAAUUCACCAUGAGAGCUCCCGGCUGGAGCUUCCUCCGGGCUCCGGCGGUCCUGGUCUCCCUCCUCCUCCUCCACGCCGGCGGCACUGCAGCAUCCGGCGGCCCGACCGUGCUCCACAGGAGGAUCCUCCACCAGCCGCUCUUCCCGGCGGGCUCCGCCCCGCCCCCGGCCGCCGAGUCGCUCCCCCCGCCGCCGCCCUCCCCUCCCCCGCCGUCCCCCGCGUUCCCGGACCCCGACCAGCCGUUCUUCCCCGAGGUGCCGGCCGGGGCGACCCAGAACCCGGGCGGCGGCCAGCCGCCGCCGGCGCUCAGCAAUGCGACCACGCCGUUCCCGACCGCGACGCAGCCGACGAAGCCGACGAAGACGGUGGCGAUCGCCAUCUCCGUCGGGAUCGUCACCUUGGGAAUGCUGUCCGCCCUCGGGUUCUUCCUGUACCGGCACAGGGCCAAGCAUCCGCAGGAGACGCAAAAGCUCGUCGGUGGGAACAGUUCCGAGAGAGGCGUCGACGAUUCUCGAGCUCCGCCGUCCAAUUUCCUCUACAUUGGGACCGUUGAGCCGUCGGCGACGAGAUCCACCGGCGACUGCAGCGGAGAAAUCUCGUCGCCUUACCGGAAGUUGGAUUCGGUGAACAGAUCAGAGAACCCUCGGUAUCGGCCGAGUCCUGAGUUGCAGCCCCUGCCGCCGUUGGCGAAGCCUCCGGCGGAGAAGUCGCCGGCGAUCUCGUCGGACGAUGAGGAGAGUCACGAUACUGCGUUUUACACUCCUCAAUGCUCCUCCGUAAGCAACGAGGAGAGCUACCACACGCCAAUUUCUCGUCCGGGCAGUAAGAGCGCCGGCGACAGGAAAGGUUUUGGAGUCUUCGGGAGAAGCGACGGCAAUGGCUCCGGCGCUUCCGUUCCGCAUUCGAAGAGAACGUCUCCAAAAUCACGAAUUUCCGCUUCUUCCCCGGAAAUGAAACAUGUCAUCAUACCAUCCAUAAAGCAGGUCUCGCCGCCGCCUGUGGUGGCGCCGUCGCAGAAGAGCGGAAGGACGAUCGCCAGGCCUAAAUUCUCAUGUCCACCUCCGCCUCCGAACAUGGCACUUCUCCAAUCAAUAAGCAGCUCACCGCAGGGAGCAAACAGAGUUACGGCUGCACCGCCUCCUCCGCCGCCGCCGCCUCCUCCUCCGCCGCCGCCGCCCCCGCCGCCUCCUAGACUGCCCUUGCCACCGGGGGCCUUUGCGACUCCGAGGAAAGAGAGAAGACUAGGAGCUAACGUUUCGUCUCCUCAACAGCAUACCCCAGAAUCAACCGGAUCAAAAUCUUGGAAUCCGGCUUCCAGAGUAAUUUCAAGUAAUGGGAAGAGCGAGGCUGCCGGAGAGAGUAGCAGAAGCCACGGUUCUUCCGAGAGGCAAAACGGGGACGACAAAGAUGAAGCGAGGCCGAAAUUGAAGCCUCUGCACUGGGACAAAGUCAGGGCAACUUCUGACAGAGCCACGGUGUGGGACCAGCUCAAGUCGAGUUCUUUCCAAUUGAAUGAGGAUAUGAUGGAGACCCUUUUCGGUUGCCACUCGACAAAUUCAGCUCCUAAGGAGCCGGCGAGGAGAUCGGUGCUGCCCCCUCCGGAACAGGAGAACAGGGUAUUGGAUCCAAAGAAGUCACAGAAUAUAGCCAUCCUGUUGAGAGCACUGAACGUGACGAGGGAUGAAGUCUCCGAAGCUCUUUUAGAUGGUAAUCCAGAAGGUUUGGGUGCUGAACUUCUGGAGACACUUGUGAAAAUGGCUCCGACAAAGGAGGAGGAGAUAAAGCUUCGAGAUUAUAACGGUGACAUCUCUAAACUAGGGACUGCAGAACGGUUUCUUAAGGCUAUCCUUGACAUUCCAUUUGCCUUCAAAAGAGUUGAAGCCAUGUUAUAUAGAGCCAAUUUUGAGGCUGAGGUGAACUACCUGAGGAAGGCUUUCCAAACGCUAGAGGCAGCUAGUGAAGAGCUAAAGAACAGCCGAUUAUUCCUCAAACUCCUUGAAGCUGUGCUUAGGACAGGAAACCGAAUGAACGUAGGCACAAACCGUGGAGAUGCAAAAUCUUUCAAACUUGAUACACUCCUAAAACUCGUAGACAUAAAGGCAACAGAUGGAAAAACGACGCUUCUUCACUUCGUGGUUCAGGAAAUCAUAAGGUCUGAGGGAGAAGGUACAACUUCUGUUGACGACAAUCUUCAGAACAAGGUGCAACCUAAGAUGAAGGACGAGGACUUCAAGAAGCAAGGAUUGCAGGUUGUGGCUAACCUGAGCAAGGACCUUGGAAACGUGAAAAAGGCAGCAGGGAUGGACUCUGAUGUCUUGAGUAGUUAUGUCACAAAACUUGAAAGUGGGCUCGACAAAGUCAGACAUGUGCUGCAAUACCAGAGGCCAGAUAUGCAGAGGAACUUUUUCGAUUCAAUGAAGAUGUUCCUUAGAGAGGCAGAGGAGGAAAUCACUAGAGUCAAGGAUGAUGAGAAGAAGGCUUUGUUUCUCGUGAGAGAGGUUACUGAAUAUUUUCAUGGUGAUGCUGCAAAGGAGGAAGCUCACCCAUUAAGAAUUUUUCUGAUCGUGAGAGAUUUUCUCUCGGUUUUGGAUCAUGUGUGCAAGGAUGUCGGUAGGAUGCAGGAUCGGACGGUGGUGGGGACUGCGAGGUCCUUCCGGAUUUCUUCCACUGCUUCACUCCCUGUUCUAAACAGGUAUAACGUGAGAGGAAAUAGCAGCUCGGACGAGGAAAGCUUGUCUCCAUAGAAUACACAAAUACGAAGCCGAAUAUUACCCGGCAUGCAGUUAAUCAGCAUAACCACUGUUUUGCCAAUUCAAAAGGCAUCACGAUGAUGAAGCUUAAUAAUACUCAGCAUGUGAGAUAAUCUUUACCCGCAGUUUCGGCAAUUGAAAUGGCAUCAGUGACAAGAAUGUUAUAGUUGUAGCAUUUCGGAGAACCAAAGGCAGAACAGGCAUUUCUCACGUGAUGGGUAUCCCAAACCCGGAGCGAAAGGACGUCGCAGCUUCUUUAUGAUCGGAGUCGUCGUGUCUUGUAGAACAGGAACAAAGUCAAUAGGUCAAUGAGGGGAUCGACAUCAAACUACCUCUUUUUUGCCAGGAAGCCGGUGCACGUGCGGCUGUAACCUGGAGAGUAAAAGGUGAAAAGCAAAGAGAGAGAAAUCAUUUUUGUAUACUUUGAUGAGUUUGACGUAUCUUCAAUAGCACAGGCAGUGUUUUCUUCGCUCAGAUUGACAGACAAUCCCAUACAGACAGAAUUCAAAGGCACGGCAUGUCUUGCUGUCGCUUUUGCAAUCUCGAAUACGAUUAGCAUUUGUUUUUGAGGAUCCUAAAUAAGAAUACAGAUAAUUCUUUUGAUGCA